AUGAUGCCUGGAGGCAAGAAAGACGGAAAUGCCCUUGAGCCACUUAUAAAUGCAGUCGAUGUUAUGCAAACCCACUACUUCCAGGUAUGGACAGGACUUUGGCCAACAGCAAUCGACUGGACAUCAGCCGUCAUCGCGACCCACAUAGCAGGCGCCAUGAGCACAGUCUCAUCAGCAACAAACUACGUACUAGCACCCGGAUUCAUGUCACAUCUGAUGGGAUUCUACUUCGGACAAGAUGCGUUGACUCUCAGGAGCGAAGCUUACGAUGACAUGCUGUGGGUGGUACUGGAGUGGUUAGAGGCUAUCAAGUUCGUCGACUCCCACUCGACUGAACUUCUUUAUGCUCAGGGUCUGCCGUCUUGGUAUGGAGAAGAAUGGAUUCCUGGAUUUGCUCACCGUGCCCGGAUUUUCUGGGACCUGGCUUCGGGAGGUUGGGAUGUGUCGGCGUGCGGUGGUGGGAUGGUUUGGUCCCCUCAUCUGUCGCCUUAUAAGAACGCAAUUACAAACGAGCUUUUUAUCACGGCUUCCAUCUCUAUGUACCUCCAGUUCCCCAGCGACGACAACGCAUCACCUUUUCAAGCCGGAGAAAACAACGGGUCUUCGCGAGCACCAGUGGGGAAGAAAGAUCCAAAAUUCUUGGACGCAGCCAUUGUGGGGUAUGAAUGGCUCGCCUCGUCGAAUAUGAGAAACUCAAAGGGAUUAUACAUUGAUGGCUUCCAUAUCAGCCACAACAGACAUCAUGGCCAUGCCGGAGAACGGCACAUGGAAUGCAACAUCCGCAAUCAAAUGGUAUACACCUACAACCAAGGCGUGUUGCUAUCUGGCCAACGCGGACUCUGGGAAGCGACGGGGUCCCGAGAGUACCUCGAAGAUGGCCACGCUCUGAUCUCCAGCGUCAUCAACGCUACGGGCUUUGAUCUUGAUAGUCAAAGUGUAUAUACCGAAGCCGCCAGCAACAACUCCAGUCACCCACGCUUAGGGACAUGGCAUGGCAUCGGCCGUCACGGGAUCCUGGAGGAGGCAUGCGAUGCUUACGGCAACUGCAGCCAGGACGCGCAGACUUUCAAAGGAAUAUUCUUCCACCACUUCGCCCUUUUCUGCGAGCCACUGCCGGCAUACGUGGUUAAGCCCGGGGAGACGGUUGAUAUACCCACGUUCGAGAAGUUAAAGGCGUGGCAUGUGCAGAAAUGUAAGAGCUACGGAGCUUGGGUUCAGAGAAACGCAGCAGCAGCGAAAGAAACGCUUGAUUCGGAUGGCAAGGCGGGGGGGGGGGAGAUUCCAGAGGGAGCGGUGGAUUAUAGGAAUACUGGCGUCCCGCGGGAUAGGGUUUGGAACUAUGGACGGGUGAUGGAGGGUGCGAAGGAGGGAGAGCUGCGGGGAUCGAAGGUCGGGGGGGGGACUGUAAAGGAUGCGAAUGAGAGAGGGAGAGGGAGGACGGUGGAGACGCAGGGGGGGUUGGUUGCUGUGCUGCGGGCGGCGUGGGAGGCGGUGGAGGGGGGGACAUGAGUUAUGGAACUUAGAGGGGGGAUUGAUUGGGAUCUGGGUUAUUUGCAUUAUAAGGAAGGAGGCGGCCUUCGGUAUUUAUACGGAGCGGGUGAGAAGAGCCGCGGGGGAAGGGAUAAACGGCACAAUUGCUAGGUAUUAUAAUUCAUAAACGAGGACCGACCGCCGACCGCUGGGGCCAGCCGAGGCUAUGCAAGGGGCCGUUCGACCCGGUGGUGAAGCGAGGCUAUGAUUGAGAGCUAUGAAUCUGUGGUGAUGUGGAGGAGGCUUGGCGGGUGUUGGUAUCGGGGGUUGGUAUCGGGGGUUUAGAUCGUUAUCUUAAUUUGCUUCAUUGAUCAGUAGUAGUUGUACAAUUCUCACAGUUCAUAGAGUAGUAGUAGUAGGCCAAAAGACGUUGUGUAC